AUGAGGUCGCUGUCGAGUGACGACAGCUCGAGCAACAGCUCGCGGGACUCGGACAGCACGAGCUCGAGCUCGUCGGACGACUCGUCCAGCUCGGACAGUGGGCGCGAGAAGAAGCGUAAGCGCUCCAGCAAGAAGAAGAAGAAGAAGAGCAGCAAGUACAACCAUGACCGCCGGUCGGCCCAACACGACUCUAAUCUCGAAGUCCCCAAGCUCACAGGAGCCGACCACUAUGAGCUAUGGCACACGAUGAUAGAGCUGAAGCUCAAGGUGCAAAAGCUCUGGUCGUUAGUGACUGAAGAAACGGUGAAGAAAGACUCAUGGAGCUUUCAUCGCAAGCGGCGCUGGGAAUCGCGCUGGUAG